GCGUCUUCGGGGGCUGGGAAGGAGGGAGGCCUGACAGGGUUGUGCGGCUGCGUGGCGGGCAGCGGUGGGGUCCGAACGUCGCUCCUGUCCGGAGUCAUCGGGCUUGGUUCGCUCGGUUUUGAAGCGAGGGGUAGAGAGCUCGGCAUCGCCGGGACUUCUUCAGCCUGGCGGUGGCUUGCGUGUUCGGAGCUAACGUUCCCUUGGCCUCACGAGAGUCCCACGUCGCGCCUGAGGCUCAGGGGGCGUGAGGUGGGGGAGCCAGAGGUCAUCUGGACUUCUGCAGUCGUCAGCUUCCAAACUGGAGGGAGCUUCAGGAUCGCCAGUCCGAGUCCUUCGCUUUACAGAUGAGGAAGCCGUUCCAGAGAAGGAUGGGAAUGGGUUCAAGCUCCACUGCUGCUCGGCCUCUAGACAGGGGUCCGGUACGUUGGAUGAGAGAGGAGAAACACUGGUUCUACCUGGGCCGUGUCUGUGUUUAGCGCAAGGCUGGGUGCUGUUGGGCCUUGGUUGUGGGUUCAGUUGCUGCUGCUGCUGUUGCCGCCGCGGUUGUGGCUAUGAGGGUAUCCAAUGAGGGACCAUGGUCUGGGCAGGAGAUGCUGGCGGAGCGCUGAAAGCUAGGGACCCGCCUGGUGCCUACCGCUUGACCCUCCAGUCACUCCCUCUCCUCUUGGUGAUCCUUAUUUGUGCUGGGUGGCAGAUCUGUUCAUUCUACCCCUAAACAAAUGAGAAAUCGGAGAGCCUUGCAGAACAGAGGACUCCUGAUGGCAAUUCAGAGGCUCAUCUUGCUACACCAGCCAUACUCAAGGGCUGUGCCCACCAGAGAGGGACAUUCCCCUCAAGAUCCUAAGGGAGAAGGACACUACUAAAAGGGAGGGUGUGCCGAGGUGCUAAAGAAGGCUUCCUGCCAGUGGAAGGUAACCAAGUGUCCUCCUGGAAAGGCUGUGGGCCCAGGGGUUGGAGGUGGUCUGGGAGGGGAGUUAACAUCAUGUAUUCCUUGGAAUGGCCUGGAUGUGAGAAUAAAUCACUCUUUCAGUACUGACUGAAGAUGGACCCACAAAUGAAGAUUCAACCACCCUUUGACUUCCAGCCAUGACCAUCACAACCAACCGCCAUUUCUUGAGUACCUGCUCUGUCCUGAGCACUGUUCUGGAUGCUGUAGGGGGAUUCAGAACAGAUAAAGGGUACAGUCCUUGCCCUCAAGCAGCUUGUAAUUUAAUUUGGGAGCUGAAACUCAUUCAAAUGAAGCGGCGUAAGAACAGUAACAAGCGGUAUUUCACUAGAAUGGGUACGAGAAAAAAAGUUCAUGCAUUUGUCCGUGUCAAACCAACUGAUGACUUUGCUCAUGAAAUGAUCAAAUACGGGGAUGACAACAAAAGCAUUGACAUUCACUUAAAAAAAGAUACUCGUAGAGGAGUUGUCAAUAACCAGCAGACAGACUGGUCAUUCAAGCUGGAUGGAGUUCUCCAUGAUGCUUCCCAGGACUUGGUUUAUGAGACAGUCGCAAAGGAUGUGGUUUCUCAGGCCCUGGAUGGCUAUAAUGGCACCAUCAUGUGUUACGGGCAGACAGGAGCCGGCAAGACAUACACCAUGACGGGGGCAACUGAGAAUUACAAGCACCGGGGGAUCCUCCCUCGUGCCCUGCAGCAGGUUUUUAGGAUGAUCGAAGAACGCCCCACACAUGCCAUUACUGUGCGAGUUUCCUACCUGGAAAUCUAUAAUGAGACCCUGUUUGAUCUCCUGUCCACCUUGCCCUAUGUUGGACCCACAGACACGCCCAUGACCAUCGUGGAAAACCCACAAGGGGUCUUCAUUAAGGGCUUGUCGGUCCACCUCACAAGUCAGGAGGAGGAUGCGUUCAGCCUCCUUUUUGAGGGAGAGACCAACAGGAUUAUAGCCUCCCACACAAUGAACAAAAACUCUUCCAGGUCACACUGCAUUUUCACCAUCUACCUAGAGGCCCAUUCGCGGACCUUAUCAGAUGAAAAAUACGUCACUUCCAAAAUUAACUUGGUGGAUCUAGCAGGCUCGGAGAGGCUGGGGAAAUCUGGGUCCGAGGGCCGAGUCCUGAAGGAAGCCACCUACAUCAACAAGUCACUGUCAUUCCUGGAGCAGGCCAUCAUCGCCCUCGGGGACCAGAGGAGGGACCACAUCCCCUUCCGGCAGUGCAAGCUCACCCAUGCUCUGAAGGACUCAUUAGGGGGAAACUGCAAUAUGGUCCUUGUGACAAACAUCUACGGAGAAGCCUCCCAGUUAGAAGAGACGCUGUCUUCGCUGCGGUUCGCCAGCAGGAUGAAACUGGUCACCACUGAGCCUGCCGUCAAUGAAAAGUAUGAUGCUGAGCGGAUGGUCAAGAACCUAGAGAAGGAGCUGGCGCUGCUCAAGCAGGAGCUGGCCAUUCACGACAGUCUGGCCAACCGUACCCUUGUGACCUAUGACCCCAUGGAUGAAAUCCAGAUUGCCGAGAUCAACUCCCAGGUUCGGAGGUACCUGGAGGGGACACUGGACGAGAUUGAUAUAAUCAACCUCAGACAGAUCCAGGAGGUGUUCAACCAGUUCCGGGUGGUGCUGAGCCAACAGGAACAGGAAGUGGAGUCCACUUUGCGCAGAAAGUACACACUCAUAGACAAGAAUGACUUUGCAGCCAUUUCUGCUGUCCAGAAGGCGGGGCUCAUGGAUGCUGAUGGCCACCUAGUGGGUGAGCCUGAUGGACAGAGCUUCGGCCUGGGAGUUGCCCCUUUCUCUGCCAAACCCGGGAAGAAAUCCAAGUCCAAGAAGGCAUACAAAGAGCCGCUCAGCACGUCAUCAAGAAAGGAAGGUGCCAGCAGCCCUGGGAGUGUCAAGGACAUGGAGACAAUUUCCAUCUCCAAGACCCAGCUGAUCCCAUCUGCCAAGGAUGGGGAGGUCAAAGACAUACUUCUACGAGACCGGGAGACCUCCAGCAUCGAGCCCCUCCCCUCGGACUCCCCAAAGGAGGAUUUACGUCCACCCAGGCCCAGCACCCCACCCUCUAAGCCUGUGGCCUUCGAGGAGUUUAAGAACGAGCGAGGUAGUGAAAUCAACCGCAUCUUUAAAGAAAACAAAUCCAUCCUGAAUGAACGGAGGAGAAGGGCCAGUGAGACCACGCAACGCAUCAAUGCCAUCAAGCGGGAGAUUGAUGUGACCACGGAGGCACUAAAUUUUCAGAAGUCACUACGGGAGAAGCAAGGUGAGUAUGAGAACAAGGGGCUGAUGAUCAUUGAUGAGGAGGAAUUCCUCCUGAUCCUGAAGCUCAAAGACCUCAAGAAGCAGUACCGCGGCGAGUACCAGGACCUGCGCGACCUCAGGGCUGAGAUCCAGUACUGCCAGCGCCUGGUGGAUCAGUGUCGCCACCGCCUGCUCACAGAAUUUGACAUCUGGUACAACGAGUCCUUCGUCAUCCCUGAGGAUAUGCAGGUGGCACUGAAGCCAUGUGGCAGCAUCCGGCCAGGCAUGGUUCCUGUCAACAGGAUCGUGUCUCUGGGAGAAGAUGACCAGGAUAGAUUCAACCAGCUGCAGCAGACAGUGCUGCCUGAGGGCCCUGACUCCAUCUCCUUCUACAAUGCUAAAGUCAAGACAGAACAGAAGGUAACUCAGGAGGUCCAUGUCUCCUGGAGAGCAGAGACCUCAUUACCAGCACACUCAGGGUCACACUUGCUACUUUAGACAGGGGAAGGAGGAAUGGUCCCAGUCCAAGGAGAGCCAGACUCACCACCCAUGAUCUAUGGGUACCCUCUGCCAACUCUGUAGUCCUGGGACUGGGCUGGACCCAGAAGGGGCCCUGGCACUCAGGGACAACUGGAAAGUCUGCUCCAAGGAAGCAAUGGACAAGGAAGCAGGUCUGUGGGGGACCAGCAGCCCAGACACCAUGACCAACUGCCUAACUCCCUAUCAGCCCUGAGCCCGUCAUCGCCCAUUAUCUCCCUGACUUCCCCAGACCUCCAAUGCCCACCUGCCUUCUGAAGGCAGAGAGAAACCAGGGCACAGUGCCCUGCCUGUGGGACAAGAGCUUCACUGGACUACAUUGUGUGUCUCAGUCACUCUCAAGGAGGGACUUCCUCAAAGGCAUAUUCUUAGGCUUCAGGAACAGUUGUCCCCAGGGCAGGAUGGUUUGCAGAAAACGUUAACGUGAGGUGGAAUUCUAAGAGGAGUGAACGUGCACUAAGGAGAAUGACAGGCAAGCAUAACUCGAGGGGGCGGGGGGGCUGAAGUGGGCAUGGGAUGCCUCAGGAUGCCCUGGACAUCACAGUCGCAUCAUCCAGAAAAAACAGUUAUUUGGGAACAGCAAGGGAAUAGCAAGCAACACGCUUCAUCCUUGCUCCAGAACCGCCCUUCAUAAUGUCUUUCACGCCUCUGCAAGGUUGGGCAUCAUUCUUUGGUCAUCUUGCAUCCUGGCUCCUGUUCCCAUCCAGGCCUUGGAUAUCUCCACGGGGCAAUGUGGGGCUGCCUCCCCUUUGCUUCCACCUGGACUUACCCCCAGCUGUGAGGCCCACCAGGACUUCUGACAUCUCACGGACCUGUGGACCAUGGUUGAUGACUCCUGGCCAUGCUAACUUUCCUGCCUAUUCUCUGAACUUCCUUUCCCAUCACCAUCCCUGAGAGGAUGAGUGAGGUCACUUUUCUGAAGGCCCUUGCCUCGUCCCUUUUAGGAUCUGGUCAAUAGCACCUGUCUCUAUAGAGUUGCCUAUUCUGGAUAUUUCAUAUAAAUGCAGUCAUACCACAUAUGGCCUUUUGUGUCUACUUCUUUCAUUUGGCAUAAUGUUUUCAAAGUUCAUCCAUACUGUAGCAUAUUAGCAGAACUUUAUUCUUUUUUAUGUCCAAAACAGCAUUCCAUCGUAUGAAUAUACUACAUUUUGUUUAUCUAUUUAUCUGUUGAUAGACACUUGGUUUGUUUCCACCUUUUGAUAUUAUGAAUAAUCCUGUAUUAACAUUUGAGUCCAAGUUUUUGUGUGAACAUAUAUUUUUAUUUCUCUUUGAGUAUAUACCUAGGAGUGGAAUAGUUGGGUCAUAUGGUAAUUCUAUGUUAAACUUUUUUUUUUUAAUGUUUAACUUUUUGAGGAACUGUUUCCUGCAGCAGCUACACCAUUUUACAUUCUCACCAGUAACG